UUCCUGUUUCAUUCACGUGAAGAAGCAGCACAUGUGCACAUUUUUCUACAUGCAGUAAGACCACGGGACAACAGUCAGUUCCUUUGAAUACAACAGCACUCAUACAUAUAUUUGUCGUAGUUAUAUAUCUGUUGUAAUAAUGACAAAAGUUAAGAAGGAAAAAAGUAUCAAUGAGGAGGAAACCGGUGGAAACGAGAAGUCGUACCAAGAGUUGAUCGUCAAUAUCAACCCAAUAGCUCAGCCGUUAGCCUCCCGGAAACUUAGCAAAAAGCUAUACAAAUGUGUUAAGAAAGCUGCUAAGCUGAAACAGAUUCGACGUGGAGUGAAGGAAGUCCAGAAAUUCAUCAAUAAAGGGGAGACAGGGAUUGUGGUGCUGGCUGGAGACACGCUGCCAAUUGAUGUUUACUGCCACCUACCAAUUAUGUGUGAAGACAGGAGUAUGCCCUAUGCCUAUAUCCCAUCUAAAGUGGACCUGGGUUCAUCUGCAGGGUCCAAAAGGCCUACAUGUGUGAUCAUGAUCAAACCUCAUGAAGAGUACAAGGAGGCCUAUGAUGAGUGUCUAGAAGAGGUGUCCGCUUUGCCCAAACCCGUCUGAACCACCCCCUGCAGACCUUGUCUUCUCCCCUGUCUAAACCUCUCCCCAGACCCACUGUUCAUAAAAACUAACCUUACAUUUUUCUUGAUCUCCACCCUCUGAUCCUUUUUUAACCCUCUCUUCAAUACAAAUAAACUCUUUAUGGCUCCAUUGGACUCUGCCCAAACCCCCCCUGCAUCCUUGGAUCCCUGGAGCCUCCCUGAGG